AUGGGCGCACCUACCACCGCGACAGAAACACAACAACGCCCCAUGGUUCUCUCCGCCGACAAGCGGAAGAUCAGCUACCGCAGCAAGAAUGGAAAUCUGUUUACUCUGGAACUGAAGAAUUCCAAAGCCGAGGACAGCCUGCGAUCAUUGAAAAAGAAGUACGAUUCCAAGAUUCCGCAGGAUGUGCCCAACGGCGAGGAUGCGGCCAAGGACAAUGGCUCAACGCUUUGGCCUGGCCUUUACGACACGAUUGCCAUGUUGAUCGAAGAGUCGCUUGAAGUGGCGUGUUUCGGACCAUAUGACGAGCCACCAAAAUGA